UCAUUUUAUCUCCAAAUCUAUCAGCGAUGGACGUCGGAAAGGAUUUAGCUGCUUUACUAAUUAGAUAAGUGUGCGUUUGGACUCAGAGGUUCAUUCAAUGAAUCUAUGAGUUGAUAUUAGUAGGUUAGAGUAGCGGUGUAGGUUGACAUUAGCAUUAGCUUGUUAGCAUUAUCGACUCCUUUGUUGGGAAGACUGAUUGUGAUUUCGCUCACUUUGGUUUUUAGUGAGGGGAAAUUUCGUUUUUAUUCAAUCUUAUCGAUUAUUUUAGUGUGUAUAUCUUACUGUCGUGUAUAUAAGAAGUUCGUUUGGUUGUAACAUCAGUGUUUUGUUAAGACAGGAGUAGAAAAAAAAGGAAAUGUUGAACAGCUGGUGUCUCUGGUAAUACUCGCAAACACAGAUAUUGUGUAUAAAUAACGAUACUGACGCUACAGAGUAGCACAUUUAAUCGUUUAAAGCUAGUAUGGCCUAUACUUCGAGCUUAAACGAGAUCUGUUUGCUAUGGACACACGUACUCUUCAUUUUCAUGGGAAAUGCGGUUUCGUCGCAGCACAGCGAGAACGUAUAUGUAUCAGGCAUGUCAAACGCCUGUGGCGAUGUAGCGGGGCAGAUAAGGGCGUCCAGUGGAGUGAUAACCAGCCCUGGCUGGCCCUUUGAAUACCCUUCUCGCAUCAACUGCAGCUGGAACAUCAGGGCCAACCCUGGAGAGAUCAUCACCAUCAGUUUUCAGGACUUUGAAAUUCAGAGCUCGCACAGAUGUGGUUUGGACUGGAUCUCCAUUGGAACCUACAAGAACCUGGAUGGGUACCGGGCCUGUGGCUCGUCUAUUCCGGCCCCAUACAUCUCCUCUCAGGAUCACGUGUGGAUCAAGUUUCACUCUGAUGACAGCAUGACUGGAAAAGGCUUCAGGCUUUCUUACAUAACAGGGAAAUCCGAAGAAGCCAGCUGCAAGCCUGACCAAUUCCACUGCGCUAAUGGAAAGUGUAUCCCAGAGUCAUGGAAGUGUAACACCAUGGAUGAAUGUGGCGAUAACUCAGACGAGGAGUUGUGCGUACAGCCUAAUCCCUCCGCGUUCUUCUCCUUCCAGCCUUGCGCCUUCAACCAGUUCCCUUGUCUCUCACGCUACACCCGUGUUUACACCUGUCUGCCGGAGUCGCUCAAAUGCGACGGCAGCAUUGACUGUCAGGACUUGGGUGAUGAGAUUGACUGUGACGUGCCAACCUGUGGGGAAUGGCUGCACAAUUUCUACGGUACUUUCAGCUCGCCCAACUAUCCUGACUUCUAUCCGCCUGGUAGUAACUGCACCUGGCUGAUCGACACUGGUGACCACCGUAAGGUUAUCUUGCGCUUUAUGGACUUCAAGCUGGACGGCACAGGCUAUGGCGAUUAUGUUAAAGUCUACGAUGGAUUAGAGGAAAACCCCAGGCGUCUGUUGCGUGUGUUGACAGCGUUCGACUCUCGAGCCCCUGUAGCGGUGGUGUCAUCUUCAGGACAGCUUCGGAUACACUUUUAUGCUGACAAAAUCAAUGCAGCUCGAGGCUUUAACGUUACGUAUCAAGUAGACGGUUUCUGCCUGCCAUGGGAAAUCCCAUGCGGAGGGAACUGGGGUUGCUACACUGAACAACAGCGCUGUGACGGCUACUGGCACUGUCCCAAUGGCAGGGACGAGCUCAACUGCAGCAACUGCCAGGAAGACGAGUUCCCAUGCUCACGAAACGGUGCUUGCUACCCACGCUCUGACCGGUGCAACUACCAGAACCGCUGCCCGAACGGCUCUGAUGAGAAGAACUGCUUUUUCUGCCAACCUGGAAACUUCCACUGCAAGAACAACCGCUGUGUUUUUGAAAGCUGGGUGUGUGACGCUCAAGACGACUGCGGGGACGGAAGCGAUGAGGAGAGCUGCCCGGUAAUCGUACCCACACGAGUCAUCACAGCCGCUGUAAUCGGGAGUCUGAUUUGCGGCCUGCUGCUGGUCAUUGCUCUGGGCUGCACAUGCAAACUCUACUCACUCAGGAUGUUUGAGCGCAGGUCAUUUGAGACUCAGCUCUCUAGAGUGGAAGCUGAGUUACUGAGAAGAGAAGCUCCUCCAUCAUAUGGACAGCUGAUUGCUCAAGGACUGAUCCCCCCAGUGGAAGAUUUUCCUGUCUGCUCUGGAAACCAGGCAUCUGUUUUAGAAAACCUACGACUGGCAGUUCGCUCUCAGCUGGGAUUCACCUCAAUCCGACUCCCCACCACAGGACGCCACAGCAACAUCUGGAGACGCCUGUUCAAUUUCACGCGUUCACGGCAGUCUGGUUCUCUCGCACUGGUUUCUGCGGACACAGAAGAGGGUCCUGAUGGCAGUGCCUCGGCACGUGAGCCAGAGAGACUUGGAUCUCACCGCGGACUCUUGCCCUUGGACUCUGACGAUACGGACACUGAGAGUGAGCAGCAUCCCCGCAGGGAUGUCCCUGGAGCUGUUGGAGGCCUGAUGGCCCCACUGCCACAGAAAACUCCCCCUACAACAGCAGUGGAAGCCAUCGUCUCGGUGUCUGCCAGCUCAGCUCCACUGGUCAGCCGGGAGAGCAGCAUCUCUGAGAGCAUCUCAGAAAGUUCUGGAGUAACUGGAUCUUCGUGUGCUACUACUACUACUACUACUACUUUUGCAAGGAGCCCCUUCGGCAGCGCUCUAAGCCGGGUCACCCGCAGCCUGCGCUGGAUUCGUUUCUCUCUGGGGCGCUCUAGCGAUGGAGGGUCAAGUGGCAUUGGGCAGAAUCACAGCCCUCUGCGGCAACUGGAGCAAGGAAGUGCGGGUUGCACUGGUAUCGGCAUUAGGGGCGAGGAUGAGGACGACGUGGAGCUCCUCAUUCCCGUCUCGGAUGCAAGCUCCCUGGACAGUGAUGAGAGCUCCAGGCCCCUGCUGGAACCAGGCCUGGAGCAGGCCUUUGGGCCCCAGCUGACCCCUGCUGCCGUCUCUCUCAGAGGCCGGCUGGUGGGUAGGGAUGGCCCCUGUGAACACUGUGGGAUUGUCCAUACGGCGCGGAUCCCGGACGCUUGUCUGGAGGCGACGGCGAAAACAGAAUCUAGUGAUGAUGAGUCACUGCUGCUCUGUUAAUACUCAGAGGAACUCCCUGACUCAGUACAUGACCCAUAUGACUCUAAAAUGCCCCUGCUCACAGCUUGCCAUUUCUGUUAUCGCCCCCUAGUGGAACGGAGGUUGAGUGUCUUUAGACAUGUCCUCUUACGAAACGAAGAGCUUCAGAAAUCAGGUACUUUUAAAGACCAGUCUGUAAAGAUCAUACAGCGUAAGAGAGCUCCCCAGUCCCACUGUCCCUUCCACUGUGCAAUAAUAGUAUUCGUUGAGAUGUUUACCAGGUCAAAGUCUAUUUUUCUGAAGAGUCCAAUUAAGCUCACAUAGAGUAGAGAGUGAGCCGCUCUGCAGUUCUCAGUAUGGGAAUGCAGCACAAACAGACGCGUCUAUCCUGGACAGUGUGGGACAACGAAAGACUGAACACCUAACCUAAGAUUUGUUACCUAACCUUUAAUUUAUUUGUACUUUUGAUGUCAGACAUUUGUUUUAUUAAAGGAAUUGUUGACCCAAAAAUGAAAUGUCUACUCGCACUCAUGCUGUUCCAGACAUACUUUCUUUUGUUAUUGUGAAUGGCGUCCUAGCAGCUCUUUUCUAUACAGUGAAUACAGGUAUUAUGUGAUCCAUAUGACUCUGUUUUGUUAAUAUGUUCUGUUAGUAGUUCUCAAAUCCUUCAUGCACAAAUGGCAUAUAAAGGUAUGUUGUAUUAGAUUUGGCAUCAGAUGAUUUCAACGAUUUUUUAACUGAUUAACAAGAUUCAUGCAGAAGUCAUAUGGGCUUAUUUCUUUUGUUUUGUCAAAUGUCAUAAGUCAUAUGGGGUUAUCUUGUUUUGUUGUCCCCAUUAAUUUCUCUGUAUGGAAAAAAGCAGCUCGGACAUUCUGGAAAGUAGCUCCGAGUUUGUUUAGGGGUAAACAAAUUACUACUAAAAAAGUAAGUUUGUAUUUCAUAUGAUAAAGUCAUACCAGUUUGGAACAGUUGAGUAAAUGACACCAUUUUCAUUUUGGGUGAAGUUAUUCUUUUAACUGCUUGCAAAAAUUGGGAGAUCAAAAAAAAAAAAAACCUAUUUGGUACUUUUGUUCAUUUCAGUGUGAGUUUGUGUCCCUGCUGCAGUGGUACUAGGUGCAUUACCUGCAAUUAUGUGCGAACAUUUAUUUAUAACAGGUUAUAUAUAAUCUGAGAGGGAGCUACUUUAAAAAAUAAAAAUAAAAAAAAAAACGAUAUUGCAUUGUAUAACAGCCACUUUUGUUUGUUGUAUUUAUUUUUUGUUACCUUUAACCUUUUGGUAACCUUACUGUUUUGGUACUGAGAAUUGUUGUGUGGGUGUGUAUAUUUAUUAUUGGUUUUCAUUUCAAUAGCGUUUACUU